UUACCAGAUUCACGGCUUCUCUUUCAGUCUUUGGGAAUUCUAAAAGAGCUGCUAGGCUCCAUGUAGGGCGUGCUAUGACAGCGUCUUUACUCCUCCAUUCUCGCUGGAUUGACCCGGUGAUGUUUCUUUAUGACAACGGCUUGGACGAUAUGAACAAAAACAUGGAAGGAUUCGUGGGAGGCAAUUUCGCUGCAAAUCAGUGCAGGAAUCUUAUUGCUCAUCCGUCUUCUUUGGCCCCGAGCACAACCUAUACGUCGAGUGAGGUGCCAGGGUCGGGCAUGGGGGAACCUGUCAAACAAUGCAGUCCCUGCUCGGCUGUGCAGAAUUCACCAAGCGCUUCAUUGCCCUAUGGAUAUUUUGGCGGCAGCUACUACCAAUGUAGGAUGCCCAAGUCCUGUACGCAGCCCUCCGCCUAUGGGGAAAAAUACAUGGACACGUCUGUUUCUGGAGAGGAGUUCCCUUCUCGUGCUAAGGAAUUUGCCUUCUACCAGGGUUAUUCGUCUGGCCCUUAUCAACCUGUACCGAGUUACCUUGAUGUGCCGGUCGUACCUGCUCUGAGCGCCCCUGCAGAACCAAGACACGAAUCUCUUCUGCCUGUUGAGACGUACCAACCCUGGGCUAUUACGAACGGAUGGAGCAGUCCUGUGUACUGCCCAAAAGACCAAACGCAGUCCAAUGCCCUGUGGAAAUCGUCUAUUCAAGAUAAUGUGUCGGGUGCCGAUGGAGCUUCAGUUCGUCGAGGGAGAAAGAAGCGGGUUCCUUACACCAAAGUUCAAUUAAAGGAACUAGAACGAGAAUACGGCACAAAUAAGUUCAUCACUAAGGACAAACGAAGAAGGAUAUCCGCUCACACAAACCUGACCGAACGACAAGUGACCAUCUGGUUUCAAAACAGGCGGGUGAAAGAAAAGAAAGUGGUCAACAAGUACAAGGGUAUCAGUUAAGGUUUGAAACACGUUAAACUGAAAUACCAAAUAGGUAUAAAUGGAAGAAGGACCUUCAACAUUAUUUAUUGUAAAACCCAUUCCAUCACCGGUUCCACGUCAUGGCGGAGAUGAACAGGAGUAAAUAAUAUUUUACUUCCCUGCGUACAGACUGCAACGACAUUGACAUGAGGCAAAAGAAGCUGGUCGGAACAUUGUACACACAACACAUUCACCACUUUUAUUUCAUUUUAUCUAUGAUGUCUUUUAAAAAGAGACAUGAAAGGAAUGUAAACUACUUUCAACACGUUUAAGUAAUUUAAGUAAACAGUCAAACCAUGGCAAUUUAUAUAUUUUUUAUUAAAACACAGGUCAUUUACACAAAGUAGAAAACACAACUGUAUAUUUGAAACUGUGGACUUGCAUGCUAAUAAAUUAAUCAAGAAUGUAAAUUCUUGUACACAAAAAUGACCCAAACCACAUUUCUCAUUUUUACCCAGUAUAUUUGUAAAUAAACAGCCGCUUACAGGCACCUUGCGAAAUAUACGAAUUCCCAUGUGUUGUUGCAGAUAAUAUGCAAAUAAAACUUCCCAUAUCAAGUGAUGCAUAUUUACAUCUGAAUUUUU